AUGGUGAUAGAAAUUAUGCAAAGGAAGUGCAAGGAAUCGAAGCAUGAUAGUGAAGUUCAUCAACAGCCUAAACUUCAUAUGUACAUGAAUGACCUUCCCUCAAAUGAUUUUAGCUUAUUGUUUAAAGAUUUGCUGAAUUUGGAGGUGUUAAAAAGAAAGGAUGAAGGUGAGCCGGUUUGCUUCUUAAUGGGUGUGCCCGGUUCCUAUUAUGACGUGCUUUUUCCUCACAAUACUUUGCACUUUGUUCAUUCCAAUUACACUCUUCAUUGGUUAUCUAAGGGAGUAAUCAAGGAAGAGAAGCUAGACAAUUUUGAGUUUCCGUUGUAUUUGGCAAACACAGAUGAACUUGGAAGCAUAGUGCAGAAGGAAGGGUCAUUUUUAGUCGAACAUUCAGUGACAACGGAACUUGAUAUGGUACCUGAAAUUGAGGACAAAUGGGAAAGAUCUCAGAUAAUUACGAACCUCGUUAGAGCAUACACAGAAUCAGUACUUUCGCAUCAUUUUGGUGAAGAGAUAAUUACCCCUUUAUAUGAGAAGUUUAAAUAUUAUGCAUACCAGUAUUUGGCUCAAGAUCAAGCUGCAAAACACUAUUCUGUUACGAUUUUACUUAGAAAAAAAUAA